ACAAUUUACAUUCUCAGUUAGUCGAUGCAUUUCAAUUAGUUUAAAGCAACACACGAAAAAAGUUGGCGACAUGAGAGUGGAACUGAUUAUUGUGAUUAUUAUUGGAACUUUAAAGUCAUUUUGGUGUGAUUUAACGGAACUAAAGUGUGAUGAGAUAAAGGCAUUGAGUUACUAUGAGAGAUAUUAUGGCAUAAAGUGUACAAUAUCAGAUGCAGUUGGUGACAGCAGUUCGACAUUUGUGAUUAGAACUGCAAAUAAUUAUGAGUACAAUAAGCUUAUACAGGAAGUGGAAUUUUCAACCUGCAAAUUUUACGACAUUCCAAAAGAUAUUUUUCCAACAUUUCCGUACUUGAGGAAGGCACAAGCAAAUAAUUGUGGAAUUGAGGACAUAACAAAGUACAACUUUCAGUACGCAUCAGAAUUAUUGGAAUUAAGGAUGAGAUCAAAUAAAAUUAAGAAGCUUCCACAUUCCGUCUUUUCCCAAAUGACAUCCAUAAUAACCAUUGACUUAAGUGCUAAUCAGAUUGAGGAAAUCCAAAACGAAGCAUUUGCAGGAAUCACAAAAUUACAGACAUUGACUUUAAGCGAUAACAGAAUCGUCAAACUCGAUGAAAAUCUCUUCCGCGACUUAUCAAGUCUCAUGUACAUUCGUCUCGAUUCAAAUAAGUUGCAAGUAAUUGACGAGAAAUUAUUUGCAAGUGCAUUGAAUUUAACGGAAAUCCGACUUGACUCGAAUGAGAUAGCGAUUAUUAAUGGUGAUGCUUUUGGUGCUUUAAAGAAUUUGAAGUUUUUGAAUCUUGGCAAUAAUCGAUUGCUGAAUGUCAGACUUGGCGAGACAAAAAUCGAGCGACUCUUCAUUCCGUACAAUAAAUUGACACAUUUGGAUAUAAAUAAGAAUUUGAAGCUUCUUUAUGCGCCGUACAAUGACAUUGCGACAAUAAAUUUUAAUGGAAAUACUGAAAUAGUCGAGAUCAAGUUGAGACAAAACUCCGUCAGUGACAUCUCGAAUUUUACAGCACAAACGAAAGUCGAGGUGCUCGAUUUGUCUUAUAAUCCGAUCAAUACUUUAAAUAUAUCAAGCUUCUCACGUAUGUCAGAUUUGGUUAAAUUAAAUUUGGAAUAUACAAACAUCACAUCAGCCUCAUUGACAUUCGGUACGUUUGCACAUAAUUUCAAUUUAUCACAACUUGAUUUAUCAUAUAAUCAGCUACGCAAAAUUGAUUUUCAAAUUUUCACGGCACUAAAUCAUUUGACACAUUUGAAAAUUGAUGGAAAUAAUUUGACGGAUAUUCCGUAUGAGCAGUUGAAGAGUCAUUAUUUCCCAAAAUUGUCGCUAAUUAGUAUAAAUGAUAAUGAUUGGAACUGCACGUAUUUGUCGUCGAUGAUUAAGAGCUUGAAGCUGAAUAAUAUAAUUGUAUUUAUAUUCUCAAAAAUGCGUGUCUAUGACUUAAAUAAUGUCGAUGGGAUUCGAUGUGUUCCUAAUAAUACGCAGCAUAUUCAUUGGGAUACUGCAAUUGAGCAUCUUGAUGAUCAGGACCUUGCUGUAUUGCCAGGCAAAAAGUCACCAAAGGAUCCCUCGUUUUCUGGUGAUUUAACAUCAAACUUGACUAGAAUCUGGAACAGAAUUUUAGAAAUAGAAUCAGCAGUUAUGCGUAUUGACGACACAUUACAGUUCAACAAGGGGUUGUCAGCAUUUCAAGAGGCAUUGACAUCGAACAACAAUGAGGAACGCGACAUACUUGUGCAAUCAGAAGUUGGAUUUAUAAAAACAAUUUUAAUUUUUAUGUGCUUCCUUAUAUCCAUAAUUGUAUUUGUUGUUGUUGCUAAAUCAGCUAGAGAAUACAUCAUGAACCAUCGAAUUUACUUCCCAUCUGAUAAUCUUAGACGCUCAACAACAACCAUCCAAACAGCAAUGGAACAUGUGAUGUAAAAUUAAAUAAGAAGAAGUCUGGAAUUCUUUUUAAAAGAAAUAUUAAAGGUUAAUGUAGCGAAAUUUUUUCUAUAUUUUAAUGUAUUCCAAUAUCUUCAUAUCUACCUUAGAUUAAUUAAAAUAACGAUUAUGAAGAUUUCCUUUAUCUUUAUCGAUUCUCAUUCAUUAUCAUAUUAUGUAGAUUGAAUUUAUGUUGUAAAGAACUUAUUUUUUUCUAUAGAAAAAUAAAGCAGAGGCAAAAAGUUUUUUAAACUGCUAAAAAGAUUAAGGGACAUUGUGGGAAGCAGGGAAGUUAGUUUUGAGAUGAAUUUUAGAGGCGCUUUGGAUUUGAAAUUAUAUUGAGAAUUGCUACAAAUCGUAACUUAUUCGAUGAGGAUUAAAUCUCUUUUUUAAGCCCUUAGCUUGCAUCCCCGAAUGGCUUUAGUCAAUUAAUCGAUCAGAAUUUUGGCAUCUAGACGGUGUAAAAAAAG